AUGGAAUUUUUGAAAUCAUGGCAACCAUGGAAACACAUCUCAACACGACUACAAACAACAAAUGCGGGAUCGAUUGAUAUAGUUAUACCUGGUAUUGAAAGUGUAACAGCAAGUAAUUCAUUUUUCACUAUAGAUAUACUGUUUUUUCGACCACGUGCGAAAAUAUUGAUGGAAGUUAUGUUUGGUUAUCAUCCCAUUCAUUUUAUGACUUUCUUUUUCAAUCCAAGAACUAGAAAGAUGCAACAGUAUACAAGUGAUGAAAGAAAUUCAUGUUUAGAAUACAUAAAACAAGAGAUGAUUAUAUUUGCUACUAUAUCUGAUAAUGAUACACAAUCAAAAGAUAAUAACAAUAUUAAAUCGACAGAAAGACGACCUGGUGAAGUGAAUCAAGCUCUUCGAAUAAUACAACAAUAUUAUGAAGAAGAAGAAUAA